AUGCCCUCCGAAAAGUCCGAAUACAUCCCGGCGCCGCCGAUACCUUCGUACGACGAGGCAGUCCAGGGCUCUUCAUCUCGAAAUGACUGGGGACCGCCGCCCCGGUCGCCCAUCGAUGACAGGCCCGAGUCCGAGCGGGAAGCCCAGUCGCUGUUGACGACAUCGCGGAAUCCCGCAUCCGAGCGGAGGACACCUGCUGGCUACCGCCCGCCGCACGUUGAGACCGAUGACGAAGAUUCCGAGUGGACCCUCGACAGCGAUGACGACGACGACACAGAAGAUGCGCAGGUGCGCCGUGAGAUGCAGGAGCUGGAAGUCGAGGACCCCUUGAACGGAUCGAGCUCUCGGUCCAACUCACUGUGGCGAAAGCGCAUUGCCGCCCUCUCGCUGCCGAAAUGGAGAUGGCGCAUUCCACGGCUGACGGUGCGACUCCCGCGUGCGAGCGACAGUGCCAAUACUGCGCCGGCCGACAGCGAACGAGGCACAUCAGAAACUCCCGCUAGGUCUUGGUGGCACAGCAACAUCAACCUCAACAGCACGGCGGCGCUGCUCCUCAUAGGCAGACUGCUGGCGCUUUUCUUGGUGCUGGGCUUCUUGUACCUCGUCUUUGUGAGCGACCUGUUUACGAGCAUGUCGCAGCGGAUUGGUGGUCAGGUGUUCGACCCAGAAAGUGUCCGACACCAUAUACAAAACAGCAUGGACCCUCGCCGUAUGCGAGAGACCCUGAAACACGUCACCAAAUAUGCCCACAUAGCAGGUACAGAGGGUGACUAUGCCCUGGCCGAGGAUGUGCGGAACUCAUUCUUGAGAAGUGGCUUGGAAGAUGUGACGGUCGAUGAAUACUAUGUCUAUCUCAACUAUCCCAAGGAAGAUGGGCGGGCAGUCGAACUCAUGUCGGAAGAUGGUUCAAAGGCGAUAUGGCAUGCAGGACUCCAAGAUGGACCCUACGUCCCGCAAAACAUUAUAGGCAAACCGACCUUGACCUUCCACGGCCACUCCAAGUCUGGUGAUGUGAGAGGCCCACUAAUCUAUGCCAACUAUGGAAGCAGAGAGGAUUUCAAGCGUCUCCAUGACAGUGGCAUUGACACCAAAGGCGCCAUUGCUCUUGUGCGCUACUACGGAACUCAGGGUGAUCGAGCUCUCAAGGUUAAAGCGGCCGAGUUGGCUGGUUUUGCAGGCUGUAUCAUCUACAGCGAUCCUGCCGACGACGGAUUUCUCCUGGGAAAACCUGCACCUGCCGGAUGGUUUAUGCCUCGCGAGGGUGUGCAACGUGGUGCCGUGAGCUUGAUGAGUUGGGUGGUGGGUGAUGUGCUCACUCCUGGCUGGGCAAGUAAAAAGGGUCAGCCGCGGGAGAAGACAACCCAAACCAAAGGUCUGGUACAAAUUCCCAGCAUACCAAUCAGUUGGGGAGAUGCCCAGAGGUUACUGCAAUCAAUCGAGGGAUUCGGUGAAGCUUUGCCGGAAGAGUGGCAAGGCGGUGUGCCUGGAGUGAAGAGUUGGUGGAGUGGCAACUCCUCAUCGCCCAUUGUCCGGCUCAAGAAUGAACAAGAUGAAAUAGAGCAGCAGCCCAUCUGGAACAUUUACGGAAAGAUUGUUGGAAUCGAGCAGAAGGAAAAGUCCAUCAUUAUCGGCAACCACCGGGACGCUUGGAACUGGGGCGCGACUGAUCCGGGAUCAGGAACUGCAGUCAUGCUGGAAGUUGCCCGAGUCUUUGGCGAUCUUGUUGCCCGAGGCUGGCGACCCGCCCGAACUAUUGAAUUCAUGAGUUGGGAUGCUGAAGAGUACAAUCUUAUUGGCAGCACCGAGUUUGUGGAGAAUAAUCUAGAAUACCUUCGGAAGAACGCCUUUGCAUACAUCAACAUCGACACGGCCAUUAGUGGAACUGAAUUUCACGCAGCCGCAUCCCCCGUCUUUAACAAGCUCUUGUACAGCGUGUUGGAGCGUGUAUACGAUCCGCUGGAGAAUGCGACGCUCAAGGCACUCUGGGAGGCUCGUGGCGGCGAACUUGAAGGUCUAGGGGCAGGUAGCGACUACGUUGCUUUCCAGGACAUAGCCGGAACCAGCUCUAUCGAUAUCAGCUUCCAGGGCUCAAGGUUUCCCUACCACUCAAAUUACGACAACUUUGACUGGAUGUCCCAAGUCGCAGACCCAGAUUUUGUAUACCACGGCCUAUUGGGACAGGUGUUGGGUCUGUUGAUUGUUGAACUCGCCGAACGACCAAUUCUUCCGUUUGAUCUCCACCAAUAUGCCCUCUCUCUUGGCCGUUACCUCGGCGAUCUCUGGAAAUGGUGUGAAGACAACGGCGCCAACCGAGAUGACAAGUCUCAGCUUGAUCUCAAUGCUCUCAAGGACUCUAUCAAAGAAAUUGAAGAAGCUGUUGCCGAAUUCGGCAUUUGGGAAGUGGAGUGGCAGCAGGCAGUUGUCAGUGCUAAUGGUUGGGAACCAAGUGGACUUGGCCGAAGAAGAUGCGAAUACAACUCGAGAAUGGCACUGUUCGAGACUGGACUCCUGGAUACCGAAUUCGGCGGAGGAAUUCCAAACAGAACACAGUUUGUUCAUACUGUUUUCGGUCCACAGCUGUGGUCAGGCUACGACGAGGCCUUCUUCCCUGCAAUUCGCGACGCUGUCGAUGCCCGCGACUUUGAACUGGCUCGUUCUCUUGUCAACAAGACGGCCACCAUCUUUUCAGCAGCUGCAGAAGCUUUGAAUGCAUAA